AGCUACCUGCGACCCACUUCCUUUGGCUGCUGGAAAACGCCACAUCUGACAGGGGAGGGGGCAGACAAAAGGACGAGGGAGUGUAAGCGCAGACGUCAAGAUGCUGGCGCUAAUAAACCGGCUUUUGGACUGGUUCAGGUCUCUAUUUUGGAAGGAGGAGAUGGAGCUGACCCUGGUGGGCCUCCAAUACUCGGGAAAAACAACAUUUGUAAACGUGAUCGCUUCUGGACAUUUCAGUGAAGACAUGAUCCCUACAGUCGGGUUCAACAUGAGGAAGGUCACCAAAGGAAAUGUCACCAUCAAGAUCUGGGAUAUAGGAGGGCAGCCGAGGUUCAGGAGCAUGUGGGAAAGAUACUGUCGGGGAGUUAAUGCAAUCGUGUACAUGGUUGAUGCAGCUGAUCGAGAAAAGGUGGAGGCAUCUAGAAAUGAGCUUCAUAAUUUAUUAGAUAAACCUCAGUUGCAAGGAAUUCCUGUUUUGGUACUUGGUAACAAAAGGGAUCUCCCCAGUGCUCUAAAUGAAAAGCAGCUCAUUGAGAAAAUGAAUCUGGCAGCUAUUCAGGACAGAGAAAUAUGCUGCUACUCCAUUUCCUGCAAAGAGAAAGACAACAUUGAUAUCACACUUCAGUGGCUCAUCCAGCACUCAAAGUCCCGGAGGAGUUGAAAAUGCAGGAGUUGUUUCCCAGCCCUGUUUGCCAUGUUACGUCAUGUCGCACACGCACACAUCACUCUGCAAUGAUGUACAGUUGUAUCAACUCACAUAUUGCUCUGUUCUGCUUGUAUCAGUUUCUUUUCCUCUUUUCACUGUGUGAUUCUUUCACAAACCCCGACAAUGCACUACUAAAAAUGUAUUACAGGUACCAAAUUUAAGGAGUGCAAUUGGCAUUAUAUGUCCAGUGAAGCUGUGCUUUAACUUGGGAGUAAGAACCUAAAUUUUGAUCUACCUUUUACCCUUCAGGCAUUAUCAGGUUGAUCAUACCCAGUGGUUUGACACUAAUCUUGGGUAUAAAGUAACACCCCUGUUGAAGGAGGGUUUAUUCUGUCCUCACACAAUGAGCAGUGUUCUUCAGUCAGAUAUCAUGCCGGGAGCGGCAGAUGUGAACAUACUGUAGCGUUGUUUCUCCAAUUUCUGUCUAGGUUUACUCUGUGAUUGUUUUUGAUGACUCUCAUUAUUUGCUUGAUCAGAUUUUCAUGUUUCAACUAUGUGUCUAUUGUUUUAGCAAACUGUGCAUUUAAGCAAGUCAAUUUGAGCAGGUCUGUACAAAUAUCAUGCAAGUUUGAUUUUUACUGAUGUGAGAUUUGCGUGUUUGAAUAUAUGAUUCUAUUUAAAGUCUAAAUGUGCUAAAACUAAAGCUGUAGGGGAUUGUGUGGUUCAUACUGGUCUCUGUUUGUAACUAGCCUUGGUGGAAUGAUGUCCUUUGUGCUGCCUCAGUGCUGAGAGAGUGGCAGCAUUCAAAGUGCCUUGUGCAGUGUAUCUCUCCUCUGAAGCAAAGCAGCAUGCAAAGGGUGCCUACCGGGGUAAUGAAACAUCUCUUCAGUAUAUUCAAGAAAUAAAAAGUCAU